GAACUCAAAAAAGGAGGACUGUUCUUCCAAAAGGAGGAUGGUUGGUCACCUUACCUUUUGUCUCUGUGCAGCCUAAUAGGUUGUGUGAAUAUUGCUUAUGUGUACAAUUGAAAUGUUUUCUUUGUUUGAUUUGGGGGCAGGGGCUGCUGCAAUUGCCCUUGGUGGAUUAUAUUCAUAACAAUAAAACAUCCUGAUACAGUUACAGUUACCAACAAUAAGCAAUAAGAGUCCCUCAGUUAAACUAUUGAUAAAGUCACAAAUACAAUGAAUCCCUUGCCCAAUUUUCUUUUAAGUGACUCAAACUGGAAUUAACAUUAUUUUUACUAAAGAGAUCUUGUUAGAUGAGAGAUAACUUUUUCUGAAAAUGUUGCUUAUUCUUCCUGUUGCAUAAGUUUUUUCAAAAGUCCCAUUAACUAAUCACAUACUGAGACAGAUUUGGAAAAUGAGGACAACUCUGUUGAGCAAUAAAACAGAUCAGACUGCAGAAAAUUCUGAAAAUAAGUGGGAUUUGCUGAAAGUAAGGAAUGGUUUGUGUGUGUCCGUGUGUGCGUUCCCAUUUGUGUGGUCCUGUCUUGGUGGCCAGGGAGCACGGUUUUAUAUACAACACUGUAUAUGAGUCAGCACUGCAAAAGGUUUCAUUGCAGACAUUCGUAUUGAGGUCUUUAGCAUGAGAUUGACCCAAAGACAUGCCUGUACAGUUCUAAUUUUUUCUGUGUGUUUGUUAUUUAAUUUUAGUGAACCCCAAGGAGCUGACUAGGCAAAAAAAAAAAAAAAAAAAACCCAGGCUGUGGCAUUAUAUAAAAACAAAAACAAAAAAAAGUGAAGUAAAAAUCUUCUAGAGAAGCAAAGUAGAUGAAGGAUGGUACAAUGUUAUUAUCUGGUUGAAUGAGGUGCAAUACGGAACUCUGGUGUCAUAUAUUGCUCUAACAGGAAAUGGGUAGAAAAGCUGAAGUGAACUUCAGAGAGAACUGACAUCUUCUGUUGAAGCCAUCCCAGGUUUCGUUGCAACAAAGGUGAGAUUGACGUCUAGAAGAUGCCAGUUCCGCCUCCUCCAGCUCCGCCACCUCCCCCAACAUUUCCACAGGCAAACACAGAGAAGCCCAGUUUGAACAAAACAGAGCAGGCAGGACGAAAUGCUUUAUUGUCAGAUAUUACCAAAGGGAAAAAGCUGAAGAAGGCUGUUACCAAUGAUAGGAGCGCCCCAGUUUUUGAUAAACCCACAGGGCCAGGCGGUGGCGGAGGUGGCAGCUCUGGUUUCUCCAGUGGUGGAGGUGGCAGCUGUAACAGCGGUAAUAGUUAUGGUGGCGGUGGACCACCCGGCUUAGGAGGAUUGUUUCAGGCAGGGAUGCCGAAACUUAGAUCUACAAACAGAGAUAAUGACUCUGCAGGAAACAAAGCUCCAGUGUUUCCACCAGGAGGGCGAGCAACAUCUGCAAAGCCUUUUUCGCCUCCAGGUGGAAUAGGCAGAUUUCCGGGCCCUUCUGGACUAAGAGCUCCAGCUUCAGAGCCACAGAGAAACCGAAUGCCUCCCUCAAGACCUGACAUUGGCUGCAGGCCAGACACGAGUGCUCCUCCUGUGCCAAAUACUCCAAGACCUAUUCCAUCCAGUCUGUACAGCAGGGGUCCACCCCCUGUGCCCGGGGCCAGCAGACAAGUGAGCUUAGGCCUGACCCCUCCACCUUUCCCAGGUAGUAAAAAUCCAGGGUCCGGAGGAUCCAUUCGGCAAUCAUCACCAGUUACUCCUCCUUCGCCCUUCUCAAACAGGCCUCCUCUCCCUCCAGUACCAGGUAGGCCAACAGAAGAUAAAGCACCGCCGCCAUUACCUCCAACUGGAAACAGGCCCUCUUUUGGCAGGGAGGCUUCCCUACCACCUCCCCCGCCCCAAAACCACAAGCCACCAAUUCCUUCCACACCACGGCCACCAGCAGUAUCUCAGGGUCCUCCUCCUCUUCCCCCAAGUCGGCCAGGCCCACCUCCACUUCCACCGGCAUCCGGUGGAAAUGAUGAGAUGCCGCGGCUUCCUCAAAGGAACCUAUCGCUAGGCUCUUCUCAAACGCCGUGUCUGCCUGGCUCCAACCGUUCUGGACCUCCGCUUCCUCCCCCAGUUGAGAGACCACCACCUCCUGUAAGGGACCCGCCUAGCAGGUCAGGAUCUCUUCCUCCACCUCCGCCUCCACUAACCAGGAAUGGAAGUACUUCCAGGGCACUGCCAGCUACUCCCCAGCUUCCCUCAAGAGGAGGAUUUGAAAAACCCAGAGGUGGGGCUGUGCCCCCACCCCCUCCUGACAGGCCAGGUUCUGGAGCACCACCACCCCCUCCUCCACCCCUUUCCUCGUCUGCCCUCCGAAAUGGCUUCCAGGAUUCAUCCUGUGAUGAUGAGUGGGAAAGCAGAUUUUCCUUCCAUCCUCUGUCUGACUUGCCACCUCCAGAACCAUAUGUGCCCAUGAACAAGAGUUAUCCGAGUAAAUUGGUAAAAAAUGACAAUAAAAGUGGAUCCAGUCGCAGAGAAAGAGGUGCUCCACCACUUCCUCCAAUCCCACGGUGAAGUGGGUUUCUAAUACCUUUCAGGAUGACUGUUGUCCUUACGUGUCCUUUGAACCUCUCCACGUGUCACAACGCUCCUUCUCCAACAGCACAUUUGAGCACAGCUCUCCAUCUUUAGAUCAAGUUAUUUCUUUUUAUUUUCCCAUUUAAUUUGGUGAAGCUCAAGGACCUGUUUUGAAUGGCCUGCCUACCUUGGUUUAGAUACAGGGUGACUGAGAACUUAUUCCCCAUUUCUUGGCAUUUAGUUCUACUGAUACUAGUGGAACAUGCUUCCAAUUAAGUGCCAAAGUAUCCUUGAAAACUAUCUUCAGAACUUCUUGAAACUAUCAUUUGUUGCAGUUUUGCUCAGCCUUGUCAUCAACAAGGAGAGAAAAGCUGCCUUGGCUUUAUAGCAUAAUAUUCUUAAGAUGUAAUUCCUGGAGAUGAAAAUCUUCCGUAUUUCUAUGGAUGGAAGUUUGGUUCACUUUUUAACUGUAAUCUCUGUGAGAUUACUGAUCAAUUUGAUCUGGCCCAUUUGACCAUAAAAAAAAAAGUGUGGCACAGUAAUUGCUACAUUCCAUCUCUAGGAGGAGAUUGGCAUAAUUACGUGACAUUUUCUCAGGCAAUCUGUUUGAUCUGUAAUGAAUUGUAGCCUUUCAGAGACCAAAAGAACGUUGCCACCAAGAUUGCUUAUAACUUCCGUUACAGCUUUCACAAAUGCAUCUCAGUCUAGCUGUUGGGCUCAAUUGGAUUGAAGUGGAGAAUUAAAAAAAGAAAAAUGCUGUGCACUCAGUCAUUAGGUUGGGAUGAUUGAGCAUCAUUGUCAUCUUGAGGAUUACACCAUCACUUCACUAAUGGUUCUACUAUUAGACCUCCCUUCCAAGACAUAUCAUACCCAAAGCUUCCCAUUUAUAUGUAAUGUUUACUAUAAAAGCCUGUAUUUUGAUCCAUGAAAGACCGAUACUCAACAAUUAUUUAGUGUAUCCAAGUAUCAAAGAAUGCCACUAAGACUUUCUGUGACUUUUUGCUAAUAUCUAUGUGCUGGACCUCCAUUUUUAUUAUGGUACAAGUUCAAACUUUUGAGUAUGAGAAGUUUUUAUGUGCUUCAAACAGCUUUUCUUUUCUUUUGCAUGGCAGCAACUAAUCAAACAUCCAACUCUAUGUAGGAAAUGUCUAACUAUAGAACAAAUUCAGUUGAGCUUUUACAAGCGCUCAUUAAGUUUUCAACCUGGGUUCAGAAGAGUUUAGUAUUUACCUUCUGAUUUUGCAGCAAUGAUAAUUCCUUCCACAGGAUUUUCUUUACCUGAAAAGGUGCAAGAGAAGACUUGGUUAUUAAGGGUUGGGACCCUAUGCUUUUGGACCCUGCCUGACAAUAAAUGGAUUUGGCAAUUUACAAUGUUCAUUCUACCUAACUGAUAUCAACAUAUGGCAAGAAUCCUUGAAGAAUUUAUGAUUCUGUACUGAAAUUCACAUGAUAAGCUACCCAGAGUGGCUUGACGGGGAGAUAGACAGCAUAUAAAUGUAAUAAAUAAGUAAUCAUAAAAUAAAGCAAAUACAGUAUCUACUUAGGGGAAACAAAUUAUGAAGAUUUAAUUUCAAGGAUCUUCUCGUUUUAUCUGCUUAAUACUUCACAAGGUAGAGACAGGAGAGUGAUCUUUCAAAUGAUGUUAGCAGCAUCUGUAAGGGAGGUUAAAAAAAAAAAAAAUCAAAAUGGCAGUCACUGCAGCAUGAUUGAACCUGCGCCCUCUUUCUACCUGUUGUGACAUUGCAGUGCACAUACAGAGAAGCCGAGUUUCAACUGCAUUGCCACGACUGUUAUCUUGACUCUUUUUGACUUCACCUCUGCAGAUGCUGUUGACCAAUGAUGUCAUGAGAUGGAAAGAAGCAGAAAUAUUGAUGAAUCCAUGUGUUUAAUAUAAUGCGCAACAAUUGUGGAAAGGUAAAGUAAGAUUAAGUCAGAUACAUGAAAAGUACACUCACAUAUUUGAGGAAAAGGUCGGAGGAUACACUCGAAAGCGUUCAUCAGUGGCCUUAUCAGCAAAGAUACCCUUUUGUGUAUUUCCCGUUUAUGAUAAACAAAGGAUGGAACUAAAGAGAACAGAGAAUAUAACUUUACAUUUUCUCUCUCUGUGUGUAUGUAGUUUUUAAGUUUACUUUUUUGGUUUAAAAUAGACUGUCUUAGUGUUGAGGUUCAUUCUUUGAACCCACUUCUGUGACAGAAUUGGUAUGUAAUGAAUAGCUUUCAGGAUCCAAAACCUUUACCUACACAAAUUUUGCUAAUAUCAGCAAUUCACAUAAACUACAAUCACAAAUAGGUUUCAGCACUUUUCAGAAUGAUAUAUAGUCUACAAUUAGAUUUUUCACAGUAGACUGUUGCCCUGUUUGUAUAUACUUAUUCUGACAUUCAUACAGAUUAAUCAUUCCAGUUUUAAUCGGAUUGCUGUUGUACAGUAUGUAUGUGUGGAUUAUAAACAACUUCAACAAGACGAAAAAGAAAUAAUUGAAUGAUUAUUUACAUUUCGUUGCAGACACUGAAUAUUUAUGUUUUCUGUAUUACACAGAUUUUUUUAAAUGCUCCAAGGUCUCUGCAUCUUGUAUAUGUAUUUUGAUAAUCAUUUUUUAAGCAUUUAAAGGGAAUAUUGCAGAAAGAAAUUCCAAAUUCACUGCAAUUGCAGUAGUUAAUGUAAUAGAAUCUUUUGAGCUAGAAAACUUGGACAAACUGAUUUAUCAACAAAAGGGUCUGACAUACUGGUACUCUCUCACUUUUAUGUUAGUAGAUUGGCCAUUAUAAAUAAGGUUAUAGAGCACUGUUCUUCUACCAGUAAAUCAGGAUCAGUUUUCUUCAACUUGGUGCUUUCUGGCUCCAGUGGGAUGUCAGUUCCAAAUCUCAUAUCAUUUAACCACCUUGACCAUUGCUGAUUAGGAAUAACAGGACUUAAAGUCCCAAAAUGUCCAGCAAGAACCAGUUUAGGGAAAAUUAGUCAAGACAUGUGAAGAAGUAUAGUCAGCCAGGAAUAGAAAGAGCAGGCAAAUAAUAAAAAUACCUGUACUCCGCUUAGUUAUUUUAUCUUACUGUGCUUGUUAUAAGCAUAUGCCAGAUAACAUUUCUUAUUAUAACUGCUACUACUAUUAAUAAAUAGCUGCCAUUUUUCUGGGAUUUAGAAAAUCAUCUUUUUUAAAAAAAAACUGGCAAAUUUAAUUCUAGUGCAAUAUGAUCUGAAAUUUCAACCAAAGCCUUAAUGUGCAGAAUGUGAUGUGGCCUUCAGAGAGAAAUAUUGUCUUCUCUCUUUCUCAGAGGAUAAUUUGUUAGCACUUUCUCUUCUAUAGGAAUCUUCCUCAAAGAAUUUAUGCUAAAUACUGUAAGAAAAUAUUUCAAAGGAGAAGAGAUUUGUUUUGGUUGUGUAAACAUCUUUUUCUUUCACCAGAUAUAUAUUAAAAACAACAUGUUUAACACAUUUGAGUAUAGAUGUUUUAGAGUACAUAUUUAUUUACGCACAAUAAGUAAACGGGAAAAUAAAAUCAGAUUUUCACCACUGGUGCCUUGAAACACCUUGGUGCCUUGAGUCUAAAUGGCAGCUUUGAAAAGAAACAAGAUCGAAAACUUAUUGUCUCCAGACCCACUGUGAACUUCAAAUAUAACAUUUAUGCUUUAUCAUGUGUGAUAUUCAAGCAACAUACAACCCACAGUGUUCACUCUGUAGCAUCUUAUCUUACUGUAAAGAAAUACAAUAUAAUGAAUUGCAAAAGACUUAUCAGACUGUAAUUUUAAGAUCUUUAUUCUAGAAGUUCUUAGAUGGAUGAAUUCAUGGAAAUUUGAGAUGGAUGUGUUUAAAAUUUGAAAAAAAGACAAAAUUUAAAUCCUUUUCAUAUGAAUCAAAUCAAUUGUGAAAUAACAGGAUAUGCAUUUAAAAUAUAUGAUCCAUACCCCCCUUUUUAUAAAAUUGCACAUAUAUCAUGGAAUAAAACAUGCCCAUAUUGUAAAUAAGAUUGUUUCUAUUUGACUUUAGGUUAUUAACAUGCUUAUCUUAAAGUACAUGUACAUGAGAAACUAAAUGGCAAGUGAUUUUUUUGCAUGUACAAAGGAAUAAAAAUUAAAAUGAUGCAAAGGUUUGUCAGAUGGAGCUGUAUUUGCCUUUGUUAUAUGCAAAAUGUGGGUUGAUAACCUUUCUCAUUAUUGAGUUGCCACCAAAGCACAAAUACAUCAGUGGGACUGUAUAUACAACGGGUAAUUCAGUGCAAUCCUCUUUGAUAGUGCCAAUUCAUUUGUGAUUAUCAGACUUGGAUAUUCUUCCUAGCGCCCAUAAUUGUAUUAUCUCGAUCUAAAAUUUUUGUUUUGUUAAGAAAUUUAAUCGACAUAUUAAAUCUAUAUGAGCUUAA